CGGUUACGGUACGCUUGCAGCACCAAGGAAGCGUGCAUUAACCGCUAGUAGGCGUCCGGGUCUCUGUUUGGAGAUCGAGCCCCUCCACCACCACUCUCCCACCUCGUCCCUCCCAACGGCAAUCCCGUUUCGUCUUCAGGAUGGACCGGAACAACGUAAACUAUGCCGUCUAUCUAGUAACGGACUCUACCCCCGCCAUCCUCGGCGACCGAGACCUUUGCGAGGUCGUCGAGGCCUCGGUCAGGGGUGGCACCACUAUCGUCCAGCUCCGCGAGAAGACGAGCGAUACCGGGGACAUGAUUGCCAUGGGCAAGAAGCUGCACGCCAUUACCAAGAAGUACAACGUCCCGCUGCUCAUCAACGAUCGCGUAGAUGUUGCCCUGGCGGUUGGCUGCGAGGGUGUUCACAUUGGGCAGGAUGAUAUGGAACUAUCCACCGCCAGGCGGCUGCUCGGCCCUGACGCCAUCAUCGGAGUCACGGUCAGCACCAUACAAGAAGCCAUGGUGGCCUGCAAAGGCGGCGCAGAUUACCUUGGCAUUGGCACCGUUUAUGCCACUCCGACAAAGACCAACACCAAGAACAUCAUCGGCGCCGCCGGCGUCCGCGACAUUCUCCAAGCCAUGGCGGAUGCCGGGUACGACCACGUCAGGACCGUCUGUAUUGGUGGCAUCAACGCCGAGAACCUCCAGCGGAUCGUGUACCAGAGUGAGGCCCCGAGCAAGAAGCUCGAUGGCGUCGCGGUGGUGAGCGCCCUCGUGGCUGCUCCGGACCCAGAAGCGGCAGCGAAGAACUUGCUCGGUCUAUUUAACUCGCAGCCGCCUUUUGUCAGGGAAUCUACAAGCCCGAGGGCGGAGACGGCGGACAGCAUUCUUGAGCUUGUACCGGAGGUGGUUCUGGAGGUUGCUAGGAAGAAGCCGCUUUCGCAUAAUAUGACGAACUUGGUGGUGCAAAACUUCGCUGCCAACGUCGCCCUCGCCAUCGGGGCAUCGCCCAUCAUGGCCAACAACGGAGAGGAAGCCUUCGACCUGUGCAAGCUAGGGGGCGCACUAGUCGUCAACAUGGGUACCGUCGACCCAGACGGGCUACAGAACUAUCUCAAGGCUUUGCGGGCGUACAACUCGGUCGGCCAACCGGUUGUAUACGAUCCAGUCGGAGCCGGCGCCACCACCCUCCGCCGCUCCGCCGUCAAGACCAUCCUCUCCCACGGCUACCUGGACAUAAUCAAAGGCAAUGAAGGCGAGAUCCGCACCGUCUACGGCAUCUACGAGCGCGAAACCUUCCAACAACGGGGCGUCGACUCCUCUGCAGAGCUAGAAGUUUCGCAAAAGGCCGAGUUAGUCCGCAAACUUGCCUUGCGCGAGAAGAACGUAGUCGUAAUGACUGGCGAAAUCGAUUACCUCAGUGACGGGCAACACACGUUCCGCAUCGACAACGGGCACGCCUACUUGGAGAUGGUGACGGGAACGGGGUGCGUUUUGGGGACGACCAUCUCGGCUUUCGUGGCGGCUUUCCCCAACGAUAAGCUGGCGGCUACGGUGGCGGCGUUGUUGCACUUUGAGAUUGCGGCGGAGAGGGCGGCUGAACGAAGGGAUGUUCAAGGCCCCGGAACGUUUGUGCCGGCGUUUUUGGAUGAGUUGUUCAAGAUAAGGAGGGAGACGGGGCAGGGAAGGAUGGGGUGGCUGAAGAGUGCUAAGCUUACUCGGUUGUCGUAAGCGCGUGUGUUUGGGUGAUUGGAAAGUAGAGAGAGAUUGAGAACCGAUGAAGAAAUGAGAGAUACCUUGGGUGGAAAGACGCACGACGUUGAAGUAUGCUUGAGGGUAUCUAGAUGAAGAUCAGGCCUAUGCCGAAUCUCAAUGGAUGCCGACCGCUCCCGUCGUUUGUUCGGUGACGCUACAGCGAGCUCGGGAUGCGGGGUUAGAUCGGCAUGUACUCGGCUACCUACCCGCUACUUUAAUAGAGCAACCUCCUCCCGCAUAUAGUACCCCGG